CAACACGUUUUAAGUUUUCCUUCCAUCUUUCCAUCGGAGGAACAUAGCGUUUUCCCUUCCUUUGUUUCAAAUUUGAAAAACAUAGAGAGAGAAGGUACAUAGUAUACAGCUCUUGCUUUGAUCAUUAACUUUUCUUUAUCUUUUAAUUAGCUAUUAAAGAGAAGGAGUUUUCUUGGAUAUUGUUCGUUAGCUUCUUGCUCGUCCUGUUUUGUGGUUUCUUUAAAACCAGGUGUUGGUUUUAGGUCUAUUAUUACCUGUCAUUCUGUCUUUCCUCUUCUUUUCUUUUCUGAUCCUUUUUAAUAUUCUUUUAAAUCUCGGGUUUUGGUAAGGGGGUUUUGCUUCUCUGGACCAAUCAGGUGCGAGGAAGUGCUGUAACUGGAUCAUUAGUUUCUGGUGGAAAAUGUGUUAUUGAAGUGAUUUUGAGCUAUGCUUGUCUUAUUUUCUCGUGUAUAAGUAUAAACUCUCUAUUGCUCAUCCUUUGAAUGUUUGAGAGUAAAGAAGAUCUGGAGGUGGUGGGCUUGAUUUCUUUCUGCGUUUUGCAGGUGAUAGAAAUGGAAAUGGGGAUGUUUAAUUUUUAGAUGAAGGCAGCUACUGUUCAGAUUCCGUGAAAGGUUUAAACUUUAUCCCGCAAAUGGAUUGAAAUAGAGGUCGCAGCCCAUUUCGGCCGAAAUGUUAAAACCUUUGGUUUCUGGGCUGCUGUUGCUCUUUUUGCUCCUGAUAUCAGUAUCUGCAAAUGACAAUGGCUUUUCCAGAUGUAAUUGUGACGAUGAGGGCAGUUUAUGGAGCAUUGAGAACAUUCUAGAUUGCCAAAAAGUGAGUGAUUUCUUGAUUGCUGUGGCCUAUUUUUCUAUCCCUAUUGAGCUGCUAUACUUUGUUAGCUGCUCAAAUAUCCCAUUCAAAUGGGUCCUCUUUGAGUUCAUCGCCUUCAUUGUCUUGUGUGGGUUGACCCAUUUGCUCAAUGGCUGGACCUAUGGCCCUCAUCCAUUUCAACUCAUGCUUGCCCUCACUGUCUUCAAGAUUUUAACUGCUCUGGUCUCAUGUGCCACUGCUAUUACGCUCUUCACUCUCAUUCCUUUGCUUCUCAAAGUUAAGGUAAGAGAAUUCAUGUUGAAGAAAAAGGCAAGGGAUCUUGGUCGUGAAGUUGGGAUUAUAAUGAAGCAGAAAGAAGCUGGAUUGCAUGUCCGUAUGCUUACUCGAGAGAUUCGAAAGUCGCUUGAUAGGCAUACAAUUCUCUAUACAACGCUUGUUGAGCUAUCUAAGACAUUGGGAUUGCAGAAUUGUGCAGUGUGGAUGCCUAAUGAGAUUAGAACGGAGAUGAAUUUGACACAUGAAUUGAAUGGGGGUAAUGUGGAUAAUUGUUCAAUACCAAUUACUGAUCCUGAUAUUGUUAGGAUUAAAGGGAGUGAUGGUGUUAAUAUACUUAGGCCUGAAUCUGCACUCGCCACUGCCAGCAGUGGAAACUCUGGUGAGCCAGGGCCUGUUGCAGCAAUUCGAAUGCCAAUGCUUCGUGUUUGCAAUUUCAAAGGGGGAACUCCUGAGAUAAUUCAGGCUUGUUAUGCAAUAUUGGUACUGGUUCUUCCAGGUGGACAGCCUAGGUCUUGGACCAACCAAGAAUUAGAGAUAAUUAAGGUGGUAGCUGAUCAGGUGGCUGUGGCUCUAUCUCAUGCAGCGGUUCUUGAGGAGUCCCAGCUCAUGAGGGAGCAGUUGGAGGAGCAAAACCGAGCCUUGCAACAGGCAAAAAUGAAUGCAAUGAUGGCAAGCCAAGCUAGGUUGGCAUUUCAAAAGGUAAUGAGUGAUGGGAUGAAGAGACCUAUGCACUCAAUUUUGGGCUUGAUUUCAAUGAUGCAGGAUGGAAAUCUUGGUGCUGACCAACGGAUCAUCGUUGAUGCAAUGAUGAAGACUAGCAACGUUCUAUCAACAUUGAUAAAUGAUGUGAUGGAAAUUUCAACAAAGGACAGUGGAAGGGUUCCAUUGGAGAUUAGAUCUUUUCGGUUGCAUGCCACAAUCAAGGAAGCGGCUUGCCUGGCCAAGUGUUUGUGUGUUUAUAGGGGCUUUGGUUUUUCAAUUGAGGUUGAUAAGUGCUUACCUGAUCAUGUCUUGGGUGAUGAAAGGAGGGUUUUUCAAUUAAUUUUGCAUAUGGUUGGUAAUCUUCUGGAUGGAAAUAACAGGAGAGGGUAUGUGGUACUUCGGGUAUUGCUGGAGAGUGGAAGUCAGGAAAAUAAAUGGGCAGCCUGGAGACAUAACACGCCUGAUGGGGAUGUAUAUAUCAGAUUUGAAAUCGCGAUGAACAAUGACGGUUCUGAAUCAGAGGGUUCAAGUUCAGUUGUGCAGGUUGGCGGUAGGAGGUAUACUAGUGAUGGAACUGAGGACAGCUUGAGCUUCAGCAUUUGCAAAAAGCUGGUCCAGUUGAUGCACGGGAACAUCUGGGUAGUUCCCAAUGCUCUAGGUUUUCCACAAAGCAUGGGACUGGUUCUUCGGUUUCGGCUCCGCUCAUCUAUUCCUGUAGCCAUGUCUGAAUCUGGAGAAUCUUCAGAGCACCCUCAUUCCAACUCUCUUUUGAGAGGCUUGCAAAUUUUGUUAGCUGAUGCAGAUGAUGUGAAUAGAGCUGUGACACGGAAACUUCUCCAGAAGUUAGGUUGUGAUGUUGCUACUGUUUCAUCUGGAUUUGAUUGCCUUAGCGCCAUUGGGCCGGGUACAUCUUCUUUCCAAAUUGUUCUUUUGGAUCUUCAAAUGCCUGACUUGGAUGGAUUUGAAGUCGCUUCAAGGAUCAGGAAGUUCCGCAGCCGUAGUUGGCCGCUGAUCGUCGCCUUGACAGCAAGCGCAGAUGAAGACAUAUGGGAAAAAUGUUUGCAAAUUGGAAUGAAUGGAGUCAUUCAGAAACCAGUUAUGCUGCAAGGAAUUGCAAAUGAGCUUCGACGAGUUCUUGUGCAGGCAAACAAAGUCAUCUGAUGGCACAUUCUGUAAGUUACACGAGUGAUUGCAGUCGCCUUAAUUCAACCAACCAAACCUGCUCCGGGGCCGAACUCAAUAGAAUAAGCAAAAGCUAAAAAUGCCCCUUCUCCCCUUAAAACUCCCACCAAGCAUCUAGCAUAGGAAUGUUUACAUAUACGACAUUUACAGUCACAAUGGUAUACGAAAUUAGCUCCUUAUUGCCUUCUCAUGAUUUGAAGGAAGUCUUCCUGCUCUAUAAUAUUGCACAUUUAGUUAAUUAUAACAUAUUAUCUAAUUGUCUUGUACAACACUCUUAAGAUAACUGACCGACAUUGCGAGCUUGAUUAUUGCAGGUUCCUUUACAAUUCGUAGACGAGAAAUACUAUAGACAUCCAGUAGAACAAGUGAAUAACAAUAGAAUAAGUGAAUAUAUAUAUUUUCUAAUUUAAUUUUUUGUUUCUA